GAGUGGUAUAGGGUGGGGUACAUUUCUUGGUUGCUUGACUACCUAAUUUAGCUCAACCAGGCAGCCGCGUCACCCCCUCCUCCAUCGCCAUAGCCAUCGUCGCCAGCGUGUCUCGGGCCUCUCGGGGGGAUCAGGCACGUUCCAUUCUCAAUCAAACCAAUCCCUGCGCACUCCACGACCUGGACAUGGACAAGAAGGAUCCAGUCCACGCAUGGCCACCGCGGCCGCCGCAGCCCGCGCCGCGGGCCGGCCCUUGGCGGCGCGCCCGCGUGGCUGCGCUUCUCGUCGCCAUCGCCGUGCUCGCCUCCCUGACCGACGUCCGCCGCUUUCUGGGCAGCCGUCUCCGCGGCAUCGAGGACGGUCCGACUCUCGGUAAUGGCACCGUCUACGACCCCAUGGACCCCUGGAACUCGAUCACUCCCAGCACAGAUCUCGUCUGGCACCGCUGCUACACCGAUGUGCACCCCAACUUCCGCUGCGCCCGCCUGACCGUGCCGAUGGACUGGACCCGCCCAGCAGCGGCGCAGCCUGCCAAAGUGCACAUCGCGCUCACGCUGCUCCUGCCCUCGCACCCCGCUGCCCCGUCCGACAACGCCUCCUCCUCCGCCCACGGCCGGACCGCGAACCCGCCGCCGCCGCCGCCGCAGCCGCAGCCGCCAGUGCCAAGCAAGCAGCCGCUGCUCAUCAACCCGGGCGGGCCGGGCGGCUCCGGCGUGGCCUUGGCGCUGAUGAUGGCGCCGGCGCUGCAGAAGGUGCUUGGCCCCGACCAGCCCAUCCUGGGGUUCGACCCGCGCGGCGUCGGCUUCACCACGCCGCGCGCCGACUGCUGGGCCGUGCCGGUGCCGCCGGGGGAGGGGUGCGCCGGUGCUGCGAGGGGCGGCUGGGCGGGUGGAGAGGGGGAUUGCGACGGCGGCGAGGAUGAUGACGAGGCGGCCGGCUUGCUGCACCGGAUGCAGUGGAAUGGCAUGAUCACCGUGUUUGGCAGCAUGAAUGAGAGCGAGGCCACGCUGCGGUACAUGGAGGCCGGGCAGCGGGGUGUGAAUGGCCUGUGCCGGGCGCGGGAUGCGCGGCUGGGGCAGGGCAGCGUGCUGCGGUUCGCGGCCACGCGGUUCGUGGCGAGGGAUAUGGUCGCGAUCCUGGACGCGUGGGAAGAGUGGGUGGAGAGAGAAGGUGGUAUUGGGGCGGUGGUGCGGGCGGACCAAGAGUUGAAGGGGAAGCUAGUGUACUGGGGCUUCUCGGUGAUGCUGGAUGGCGUGGUAGAUGCCGAGUUCUACGAGACGCCGGUGUGGAAGGAGAGCUUGGUCGACGCGGACAAGGUGCUGGGGGAGUUCUUCCGGUUCUGCGCCGAGGCCGGCACGAGGUGCGCGCUGUACCGGGAGGGCGAUGCGGCCGCGGAUGUGCAGCGGCGCUUUGAGGACCUGCUGGAGCGACUGAAGACGAAGCCGGUGACCUUCAUCCACCCGACGCACUCGUACCCAAUUCUGCUGCGCAGCUACCUCGUCAGGUCCAUCGUCUUCCGAAUCUUGUACACGCCGAUGCAGGGCUUCCCCGCGCUGGCGUCGCUGCUCAACUUCAUCUACGAGCAACAGUACGAGGUGCUGGCCGGCGCCUCGCCGGACGCCGAGCAGCUGUGCUCGCUGACGGCAGAUCCGCGCCUGCUGAGGGAUCUCACGGACGCGCAGCGCGCCGUCAUGUGCAGCGACAAGACGUUCCCGGUCAACGCCACCGUCGCCGACAUCCGCGAAGCGUUCGAAGCCAUGGCCGAGACCUCGCAGUUUGCCGACAUCUGGAUAGGGUUGAUGAUGCAGUGCAACGGCUGGGACAUCUCGACGCAUUCCGACAACAAGCCCUGGCCCAGCUCGGCCGCAGCCGCGGGCAAAGAAAAAAUCGAGACGGCCUUCCCCCUGCUCUUCCUCUCCAACACGUACGACCCGGUCACGCCGCUCCGCGCGGCGGUCAAGAUGGCGCUCAAGUUCAAGGGCGCCGGCCUGCUCGAGCUGCAGUCCCUGGGCCACUGCACCAUCUCGUCCGUCUCGCGCUGCGUGGUCCGCAAGGUCCGCGAGUACGUGCACGCGGGCAAGGUGCCGCCGCCGCCGACGGUGCGGGACGGGCAGCUGCUCACCGGCGACUGGACGCGGUGCGUGGCGGAUGAGGUCCCGUGGGGUGCUGGGAAUGGCACGCACGCGGAGGGGGUCGUGGCUGAGACGGCAGAGGACCGGGAGAUGGUCGAGGGGUGGCGGGAGGUGCAGCGGGUUAUGGGGAAGAUGAACAGGUGGGGAGUCGGCGAGCAGAGGGAGCUCGACAUGGACGCCGUCAUGGCCCUGGCGAAGCAGGGGUAACGUCGGUCUAGGGCAGGCAGUCCUCCGCUUAGGUUGGUGUGAAAGGAUCUUGGGUGUUCAUCUCGGUAUAUCAUUCUCAAUAUGGAUUCGGUGAACAUGUCAAGGACAGGGCAACAAUUGAUGGCCAAUAUUGUCAAUGAAUACGAGUCGUACUUACCGUAAAGAGCUU